GACUCAUUGCUCAUUAAGCGGUAAGCCAAGUUCUUCUCAAAAGUCGCUCUGCACAGACUUUCCCCCAAAGGACACACGCGUACGCACUUCUUCAAAAACCCAAAGCAGAAGUGGACAGAGACGCCGGUUUUCAGUCGCUGUGGUUGGCUAUGGCUCAGGGCUCUGACAGCAACGACACAAGCUACAAGUCCCCGUCACCUGGAAGCAGACCUAGCUCCUCAGACGAUGCGAAGAAGGUGAUGCGGAGAGAAAAGAACCGGAUUGCCGCACAGAAGAGCCGGAUGAGGCAAACUCAGAAAGCUGACAGCCUUCACUUGGAGAGCGAGAACCUGGAGAAGGAGAACGCUGCCCUGAGGAAGGAGGUGAAGCAGCUCACAGAGGAGGCCAAUUACCUGUCGUCGGUGCUGAGCAGCCACGAGCCCCUGUGCCCAGGGCUGGCUCCCCAGACCCCGGACCUCCUCUACCCUCCUCAUCAGAGCAGCUACCACCGCCAGCACAUUGCCGUACCACACUACCAGCGCUGACCCGCCCCACGGGGCCUGCGGCUAAAACAGAUGACUGACCUCAACGGACAAAGACUGACAGGAGACGCGUGUCUUUUAUUUUUUGUUAAAAACUUAAGUUAGGGCGAGACAGGCUAACUUGUCCAUCAAGCAAUGAGCCCUAACUGUAACCAGUAGUAUUCGAGACCUAUUUAUUUUUCCGCUUCUCUGUGUCUCUUUGCUUUCUGAUUGUGACUCUAUGUGUGAAUUUAAAUGGCUCUUUCAGUAGAAUUAUAAAAUAGUCUAUGUUUACAACGAGGGAGGAAAAAAAAAUAGCGUGCUAACAUUUUUAAGUGCUUAUUUUUUAGUGUUUCAGAGACCACCAUUUGUCAUCUAAUGUCUUGUGUUCUACACGUUUGUAGUUUUUGUAGGUGUGUGUGUGUAUAAAUGCUCAGGAGCUUUGACAGUGUUGAUUGUGGACAAAAAGAAUGUAAAUGUAAAAAGAAAGCUGGAACUGAGGCGAAUGCGGGUAAAGCGAAGGAGACCCAGCGGAUGUAUUUAUUAAAUUUGAUGCUUUUUGUUUUUUUUUUCUUUUUUUCUGGAACAUCAUCUGUAAACCUUCAGGGUUCGUGUUAUUCUUUUGUUUGCAAGGACAGCCGGGUAUGUAAAGUCUGCACAGGUGCUGAUAACAGGAACAUGUGACAGACGGACGUAUUAUUUCUCUGCCAGACGUCUCUAGGUGGCACUGUUUACCAGUGUGAGAGAUUCAUUUAUAGUAGCUUAUAUUUAUAAAGCAUAUAAUAAAUCCUUUGUUGACUGCUCUGUGUGUGGUUAAGGAUUCAUUUUAGCCCUUGGGCUCCACUGUCACCUCUUGCAUGUGCUCCACUCCAGGUCUAAAACAAAU